CCUCGCAUUUCAAUCUAGCUUGUUGCAGUGGCGCACCUCUACAAUAGUUUAUAGCAGCCUGGGCUGAGAGAUCACGAGAUUCAUGAGAUAGGAUUUAAAUUGAAUAUGUUCUCGACCGCUACUCGGACGGCAGUUAAAAUCAUUCGUGCUCCAGACUUCGUGGUGUUCAGUUGUGUACUUCAAUUUUAUCUGUAUAGUAUAGUAGCGUUUUAUUAGAACUCACUCUAUCUCUCUCUUUCCUCUUAUAUGAGAUUGUGUUCAACAAGUGACUAUGAAGGUGCUAAUUGCUUUGGCGUUAUUGGGAUAUACAUCGCUGAUUAAAGCGGACCAGGCAAAGAAAGCAUUCGCUUUCCUACAAGGUACUUCCGGUGUAACAGGUAAUGUUACACUCUCUCAACCAUCCUGCACCGAACCUGUGUUCAUAGAGGUUAACGUCGUUGGACUUACACCCGGCAAGCAUGGCUUUCACGUUCACGAGAAGGGUGAUCUGAGCGACGGUUGUGCGAGCACUGGUGGCCACUACAAUCCUGAUAAAGUUACACAUGGUGCCCCCAAUGAUCAAGUACGUCACGUUGGUGACCUUGGCAAUAUUUUAACCGACGAGAAUGGAAUUGCAAAAACAUCCUUUUCCGACACUGUAGUUUCUCUAUAUGGCAGCCGAAGCAUUAUUGGACGGGCUAUCGUGGUACACUCAGGUGUCGAUGACUUCGGCAAAACGAAUCAUCCCGACUCUCUGAAAACAGGAAAUGCCGGUGGAAGAGUUGUCUGCGGAGUAAUUGGAAUCCUAUACCCGUUUGAAGAACCAGACGAACCCUGCAGUAAUCGCCAAUCGGCGUUGUUCGAUCGUACUCGUAUUGCUGUGUCUUUACUAAUUGGCAUCAUCACCGUGAAAGUACUCGGGAAUUAUUGUUCUGUACAAUAACGGGGCAAUCAAUUUUUCGGCUGUCAUUGUGCCCUCUACCUGUGGCACUAUCGACGGCAAACACCGGUAGUUCAUUGAACUGUGUGGUUUCUUAAAAUUCAUUAGCGUUCAGGAUAUUUCUACAUAGAUAUAGACUUAUAUACAUCGUCAAAAUAAGUAUACACCCUUGGAAGAAAAAUAGAGCGUUUUUUCGCGUGACAAAACUUGUUCAGAUUUGAUAUUCUUUAUUUAUUUGUAUAUUGGGGAGACAAAGAACACUUGAUGCUUGCUUAUGUAUUAUAUUUACUCUAAUAUACUAUAGCUUAUUUAUGAAAUAAGUAUGUUAAACAAUAAUGAAUUGUAUAUGAAGUGCUUAAGUAA